UCGCAUCAUUAUGGCAACUUUGAGGGGCUGUUGGAGCCGCUGCCGCCGGGACGUUGGUACUUCACCGUUGGUAAUCUCAAUCAAGGCAACUCUGUGGAACUUCCAGCUUAUGUUGUCCGACCCAGGAGAGAAUAUGCAGGAACAAACCGAGACCGGAUCAUAUUCAGCGUGCGGCAGCAGAACACACAAUGGCAGUGGCAGAGGAUAGACAGGGUGUAUAUCACACAGCAUUACGACACUGUGGAACAUCAGGGGACAGCGUAUGAUCCACGUUACACUUACCAGGUCACUACCAACCUUUUAAGACAGAUUCGAGAAUUUUCUGUGGGAGAAAACCAAGACAACUCACUGUCGGAGCUCAGAGACCACUUUGGAAGCAACGCUGACGAUUUGGAGUUACGUGACAUUAGAAACAUAUGGGGCGAACUAGCACCCCUUGGACUACUGUUGUUUAUUGUGAUUAAAGAAAAGUACUUUCCUAUUCAACGCACCAAGACACCAAAACAACAACAACAACAACAGCAACAACAACAGAUCAAUCAAAACAAAAGAAAACCACAGCCUGAUUUUGUUGUCACCAUCCCAGAAAACAGACAAAAUCAUACGAGACCUUUGUGGACUUUAGCAACACUUCUACAGGAUCAGACGACAGACAUAAAACUUGAGGUGACGACGGGCACAAAUGGAAAAGCCAGAAUUGUUUGGGGCAAUGUUCCUAGAGAUCGUCUAAAAGAUCGUGUGAUGGUAGUGCUUUUCAAGAACAAUGAGGACCAGGAAGCCAGGACAUAUGAGUGCAUCGGGGACAGAGAAUCAGGCAGCUGUGACACUUCAGUACCCCUCAACGAUGGCCUUCAGGCCCGGCUGCAUAAGGUGAGGGUUUGGUGGUGCUUCUGGAAACAAGUCGGAGAGGAGAUAUGCAGAGGUGCCGAGUUUAAGAAUCCCCAAGCGGUCCUGAUAACAGGCUACAAU